AUGACGCGGCAGCCUCGGCGAAGUUCACCCCACCUGGGUAAGCGCGUCGAGGCACUUUUUGUGUGCCAGUCUCGUCCCGGCAUCCCGAACAAGACGCCGAGAGCAGAGCUCCUCUUCCUCCCGACGGAGCCUUGUCCCUUUAAAUGCGCUCUCUCCCCUCCAAGCGCUUGCAGGAACAACCUGUUUGCCGCCGGCAGGUGAGUAUCAGGUGAAGAGGUCACAUCCCCGCGCGCGGCAUUCCCGCUCUACUACUCCCUUGGCCAUUCCGGGGCCCCAUUCCGGGCCCCGCCCCCAGGCUAGGAAUGGGAAGGCGCUGGGCCAAUGGGGUUGCGCCGUGCGCGCAUUCCGAGCCGCUCAGUCCCGAGCGAGCUUGGCUGGUUUCGAGGGAGCGGGGAACUCCUCACCCCGCCCCCUCCCUUUCAACCCCCCAGGUGUGCCGGCAGUGCGCAUGCUCCUCUCGGGUGUGGCGCUCCCCCGCUCGCUCUUGGCUGCGGGGAGAAGGAGGAGGAGGCGGAGUUGGAGGAAGAGAUGCGAGUUCUUGAGGGGAGAGCGAGGCGCGCAGCAGGUUGCAGUUCAUCGGCGAGCCGAGGUGCGCUUUUCUUUGGCGGGGAGCUGUUUGGGUGA